AUGUCCUUCCGUAAUCUUACCAGUGAUGAAGUUAACUUUAUGAUUUACAGAUACCUCCAAGAAUCAGGUUUCAAACAUACGGCGUUCUCCUUUGCCAAUGAAAGUGGAGUUCAAAAUUGUGGUUUUAGAGGCUCAGAAAUACCUCCUGGUGUUCUCAUAUCUUUCAUUCAGAAAGGUGUACAAUUUCUAGAGAUUGAAACGAGAAUCAAAAACAAGACGGAGCAAGUGAAUUAUGAUACCGUUUUUGAAAUGCUACUACCCGACGUUCCAAAAGAAAAGCUUUUUGCAAGAACCAUUCCAGACUCCAUCGCAUCAUCCACCACAACAACAACUAGUGCCACGGCUACACCCAAUCGAUCCAAAUCAUCCACACAAAUUGCAUCCUCGAUAUCUUCGUCUUCUCUUUCAAACGUAGGAACCACUUCUUCUCUAACAACAACAACAACUACCACUUCAACACCUUCAUCUACAACAACAGGCAGACGAAAGAAUUCUAAUGCUGAGAAGGCCGCGGGAAGUGCACGAAAUGGCAGUGGGAGACCUUCGAAAAAAUCAAAACAAACCACCACAACACCAUCCUCUGGAGCAGCCACAACCACAGCAGCCACCACUGCUUCCGCACGUGACUCACACGCCAUGCAAGAUGAAGAGGAAGUCGUACACACCAUGGCCAACAGUGGUGGAGCUGUACAGUCGGGUGUAACUCCAUCAGCAACAACAACAGAAGAUCAACAACUGCCCAUUGUAAUUGAUGAAAGUCAGGUCACGAAAUUGAAAGGUCACACCCAUGAAGUAUUUAUUUGUGCUUGGAAUCCUGUUCGUAGCAACGUUUUAGCAUCUGGUUCGGGAGAUUCAACUGCUAGGAUUUGGGAAUUAGUUAAGAACGAGGUAGGAGCCCAAGCUGCUCCAUCUCAACCCAUCGUGUUAAAUCAUGGUGAUCCUGUCUUUGAAAACAUCCAUGUAUCUACAAAAGAUGUCACUACAUUGGACUGGAGCGCAGACGGAAAGAAACUUGCCACUGGAUCCUACGAUGGAAAAGCUAGAAUUUGGACAGCUGAUGGUCAACUCAAGGCUGUAUUAGAUCAACAUAAGGGACCAAUAUUUUCCUUGAAAUGGAAUAAGCAAGGCAAUUAUUUAUUGUCUGGAUCUGUUGAUAACACUGCCAUUGUUUGGGAUAUUGAAACAGGUACUGUAAAACAACAAUUUGCUCAUCACACAGCCCCUACCUUGGAUGUUGAUUGGAGAAAUAAUACUUCUUUUGCAACAUGCUCAACCGAUCGCAUGAUUUAUGUUUAUGAGUUAGGUACUAAGGAUCCAAUUAGAACAUUUGCCGGUCACGAAGAUGAAGUGAAUGCCAUUCGAUGGAGUCCAAAUGGAAGCCUUUUAGCAUCGUGCUCUGACGAUUUCACAGCAAAGAUUUGGUCAUUUGGAUCAACAGCUUCACAACGAUGUGUUUUUGAUUUGAGGGAGCACACUAAGGAAAUUUACACAAUCAAAUGGAGUCCUACAGGACCAGGAACAGAUUAUCCCAAUAGGAAUAUGGUUUUGGCGAGCGCCUCGUUUGAUGCUACCAUCAAGUUAUGGGAUCCUAAUGUUGGAAAAUGUCUGCACUCUCUCACAAAACACACAGAUCCAGUCUAUUCUGUUGCAUUUAGCCCUGAUGGUAAAUACUUGGCCAGUGGUUCUUUUGAUCGAUUCUUGCACAUUUGGUCUGUACACGAUGGAAAGCUUGUAAAGACUUAUCGUGGUACUGGCAGCAUUUUUGAAGUUUGUUGGAAUUCAACUGGUGACCGAGUUGCAGCUUGCUUCUCCAAUUCAUUAACGGAAGAAUUUAAUGUUUGUGUUUUAGAUUUCCACAUGUAA